UGGUGUACUGUUAGUGGUGCACAUCCAUGAUGGUUUGUGGCUGUAGUGCACCUCCUCCGGCUGAAAUUUUGGAUAACAACAAGACCUGAAUCGUUCUGAAAUAGCUCAUAAAUCUUCAGAUAUAGGCCUUGUUUGGCAUAUUGCGCCGAGGUGGCCGAGCAGCGAAGCGAAGACGUGCCGAAGAGGUCAGUUUUUAGCCUCUCAAAAUGGCGGAUCAGGGAACAAGUCCAGAAGUACCUGAUAACGCUGAAGAAGAAAUCAGCGCAGAAAUUCCUCUUCCACCAGGCUGGGAAGCUCGUUUCAUGACUGAUGGACGAAUAUAUUACAUCGACCACAAUACAAAAACAACUCAGUGGGAACAUCCUGAGAGAGGCACUGUUUCUCGUAUAGCAGGAGAUCUACCAUUUGGCUGGCAAAUGCUACAAGAUGAAGAUGGUGAAGAUUACUAUAUUGACACACUGAAGGGUAAAACAACAUACAUAGAUCCCCGGAUCGCCUUUACAUCCAAGCCAAAGGUUAAAGGCAAAGUAAAAGUCGAUACAUUUAAAACAGCUCUGGAUAUUCUAAAAGAUAAGAAUCUUACAGGAAAAACUGUAAUCAUUACCGGAGCUAGUAGUGGCAUAGGUUUUGAAACAGCCAAGGCCAUGUCGCUUUAUGGUGCUCAUGUGAUCAUGGCCUGUAGAGAUAUCCGCAAGGGAAAUUUAGCUGCUCAAAAAAUACAAGAUCUUCGUAAGACGGAAAUACCAAAGCUGACUGUUUUAAGGCUUGAUCUUGCAUCUCUUGAAAGUAUUGAAAAAUUUGCUGAGCAAUUCGGAGAUAUGGAUCUGCCCCUCCAUAUUCUAAUAUGCAAUGCUGCCGUCUUCUCAUCAUCAUGGCAACAAACGAAAGACAAUAUUGAACUUACGUUUGGUGUCAAUCAUGUCGGUCACCAUUAUCUGGUUAAACUAUUACAAGACUAUUUAAUCAAGUCUGCACCUUCGCGAGUGAUUGUCACAAGUUCCGAGUCUCACAGAUUUCCAAAUUUUGACUACACAGAAAGUCUGCAAAUUGAUAAACUACCAUUACAAAAGUCAGACUACUGGUCAAUUCUUGCGUAUAACCAAUCUAAACUGUGUAAUAUACUAUUUGCAAUGGAACUAAAUCGUCGUCUGGCAUCAAAAGGAGUGACUGCAAAUGCUGCUCAUCCUGGAAACAUGAUUUAUACAUCACUCGCAAGAAACUCGUGGUUAUAUUGGAUGCUGUAUUUGUUUUGUCGACCAUUUUCAAAAUCAGCCGCACAAGGUGCUGCAGUUUUGGUCUAUUGUGCAACAUCAAAAGAAUUGGACAAUGCAGGUGGAUAUUACUUCAAUAAUUUCUAUGCCAUUGAACCUUCCACAGAAGCUAUGAAUGCUAAAAUUGCAGGAGAACUCUGGAAGCUCACUGAACAUCUGAUCAAUGACCGCCAGAAGAUAUAUCGUUACAAUAUUUUCUGAUAAUCCUUAGUAAAAUAUUUGUAGUAUACGAAAUUUCAAAACUCACAUAACUUUUCACUUACUUUCCAUUUUCCAACCACUUGACGAUUUUUCCUUUGGUUCCCUUUUUCCUUCGGUUGCCGAUUUUAUUAAAACUUUGAAUUUUUUUAGAACUAUGAUGCUUUUAUGUUUCUUUGAACGACGUUUUCUUCCCCAUUUUUAAAUGCAGAAAACAGUUUUUUAUCUUCAAAUAAACAACACGAAAGAUCUGACUUCAAUAUCCCUGAAAAUAGAACAAAAUCAAGCAUAGGCGUACGGGCGAAACUUCGUUCGGAGGGCAAAAAAAUCGCCCGAAGUUUUGAAUUAUUAUACAAUGCACUCUAAUAUUAACUUUUACCAGAUUUGUAACAAUAAACUUCAUUUUAUUUGGUUUAACAACGAUUACCAGAAAGAAUGUAGUGACCUUUGGCAAGGAAAUUGAUUCCGUGGCAAAGCGCUUCUAAGCGUACGUGACUGAAUGUGUUUUCAAGAAAGUCUAAGAAAACUCAAUACAAUUCUACAAUACGAACGAAAAGUGAAUAAUUUAGCUACAUACUAAUUUUACAUGAUGUAUACAGGGUGAAUUAAAAAAGUAGACCCUUGAAAAUUAACACGUUAAAGUU